AGGACUGUGCGACAUCAAAGAGGCGGGACAUCACGUUAAACAUUUUAAUAUAACACGUUGUUCGUCUUCUUUCCUCCUCCUCCUCAUCUCCUGCUGAAGAGUUCGAGCUGUGAAACGCUUUCUACCGAUACAGUUUGUACACAGUCAUCAUGAACGGAUGUGGCAUCGCGUGCCUUUUUAUCCUCAUCCUUUUCAACAUCAGCCUUACUCUGGUGGGCUCUUCCUUUUUGGGUCUCGGCCUGUGGCUCAGGUUCAACGGUAAUACCAGGGUCGUCUUUGAAAUCGAGGACCUCCAAUCAUGGGUGUUCGUUAUGGAUGUGAAGAUUAUCAUCGUGCUGGGUACGUUCAUGUUGUUCACGGCGCUGUUUGGAUUCUCCGCCGGCAGCUCUAAGAAAAGAUCGUCUCUGCAGAUGUACACUGUAUUCCUGAGCCUUCUUUUAUUUGUAGUACUGGGCCUACUGGGUCUCACUAUUGGGAACAGCGCUGCGGUUGGAAGGAACAUCAUGGAGUUCUACAUCAGCAUGUAUGCUCUGUACGAUGGAGCAGAUCCAAUCGUUGGCACCGCCCUCAGAUUCAUCCACUACUCGCUUCACUGCUGUGGAGUGACGGGCGUCCGGAUGAUAGAGACGACCUGUCCCAAGCCAAGUGGAUUUCUGGAGCACUUGGUCAUGCCUAAUUGUCCUUUGGUGAUCGCAGACUUCUUUAACAGAAGAGCUCCUGUGAUAGGUUUCUUCACUGCAUCUGCUUUUAUUCUGAUCAUACCUAUGAUCUGCAGCAGUAUCCUCUGCAAGAAGGUCCGGGCGCCCGUUUCCCCCCCUCAGUACACCGUCAUGACUAACUACGCCCUGGCGACCCCUCAACCAUUACAGCAGGGAUUUGUCCCCGCCUCCUGCUCCUACCCCAACCCCAACCCGGACCCGGACCUUUUCCCCCUCAUCCCUGUCCCUGAGGCCCCUGUGGUCAAGGCCUAGUUUACUCAGUCUUGAUUUUGGUCCUCUGCGCUUUGCCAUGGAGAAUUCAAAUACAUGUGUUCCUCAGCCUGGUUAUUAAAGGGUUACCGUAUACGGACAAACACACCGUCACAUUAAGGCUCCAUUCAGACGAUAAAGUCAGAAAACAUCUUUGACGUGAGAGUUUUGGGUUCAAUUCAGAUUUAAUAGCCGCCCAUAUUAAGAUGCCUGAGAAACAGGCCAAAGAGUGGGCGUGUGAGAAGUAACCAACAAAUCCACUUCACAUUUAAUUCAGCUGGGAAGAGGACGGGAGACUUUGUCCAUGUUACAGAUUGAAAGCAGCUCUGAUACUUUAGGUUUUGUGUUUUUUUUAUCUUUCAUGUGAAAAAUAUCUGCUGUGUUAAAAAUAUAUGUACCAAUGUAAAAGGGAUCAUUUUCUUUUAAAUCCAUUGAAGCUGUGUGUUUUUUAUUUCUUUUGUAAAACCGACUCUUUAAAAAUUUCCAAUGGCGUAUAGCAUUAAGCCUUCCUUUGAAUGGCAGUUUGAUACCAGAGAUAAACACCUUAGUAUUAAUAUAAAUAUUUGUGUACUUUAAAUCCCUAAUUCCUUUUCCUAUCAAAAGCUUCUUGGAAUUCUCUGUUUUUCGAUGUCUCGGUAAAUAUUACAUUUCAUUAUAUAUGUAUAUUUUUUUAAUGUUCACAAAGCUAGAAAUGUGUUGCUAAUGUCUUUGCAAUAAAACGACUAAAGUGGA